CAGUUGCCGUUCCCAGUGCGUGUCUUCAGAACCAUGGCGACACAGGGCAAGAAAGAGGAGCUCACUUGGAUGCACGUUAUUGUUCGUGUUUUCCUUAAUUCAACAACACAUCCCAUCGAAUAUGCUAAAGUUCUAAUUCAGCUUGGUCAUGAGCCACUGAGCCCAUACAAGUCAAGAACAGUGUUUGGGCGUGAAGCAUUCUACUAUCCCAGUGUAUUUAGUUAUAUUUCGUACAUAAAAAAACGUGAUGGAUUCAGUGGUUGCUACCGUGGCCUAACUCCAAAACUAGCAGCCAACAUUGUUAGUGGUGUGGCAUUUCAGAGAGUCACAGAAAGCAUCAAGUUUAAGGAACUUGAUGGUGAAGUCAACAUUGAAGAGUUGACAGUUAAGGAGCGAACUCAGCGAUUCCUUCAGAAUACUACUCGGGAGUCAGCUGGAAGAGCAGCCGCCAUCUUGGCUUCUCAACCUUUCCAUGUCAUAGCUGUCCGCUGCAUGGCAGAAUUUGUUGGUGAGGACGGAAAUUAUAUGGGUGUGACUACUGCUGUAGGCAUCAUCUAUCGUGAACAAGGGAUAAAGGGCUUCUUCUGCGGAUUGAUCCCACGCCUCCUGUGUGAUUUGGCAGCAUUGUGGCUGGGCAAAACCCUUGCUCAUGUGAUCAAUAACUAUCUUGUGGAGGAUAGGGAUCUUAAGCAAUAUGUGUCGGCAUCAAUGAAUUUCCUGGCUUCUGCAAUGACAUAUCCACUCCAGGUUGUGUCUAACUGUAUGGCUGUGUCAGGGAGCGGAUUGGUUGCCGGAUCUCCCCCGAAUAUGCCCAUCUACGGUGGCUGGCUAGAUUGCUACCGUCAUUUACGACAAGUUCGUGGCUUGAAACGAGGAUCUUCCAUGUUGUGGCGUGCUUAUACUGGCCCCACAAUUAUGCUGGAUGGUGGUCUUGCUAUUCCUUCAUCAGACAUGUUUGCAGCACCCCUAACCUCUUAGCUGUCACUCUCUCUCUCUCUCUUUUUUUAGUAACUACAAAAUUUUAAUUAAAUUUAUUGCAGUAAAAGUACUCUAGGGUAUUACUAUAACUCAAGUAGACACCAGGAGGAGGUAGAAGUGUGCUAACUAAUACAGUACUAGAAAGAUUUAAUACUUCACUAUUUCAAAAUUAUAUUGUUUAGUCAAAGGAGUCUAUUUGGUGUAUAUAUUUAAGGGUUUGAUAGGAGUACCUAUAAAGGCCUGACAUAUUCAUGAUUUGCAUGCAAAAUCUUAAAACAAAAAUGCUUACACUCUUAAAUGUCUGUCUAACAAGAGGUAUUAAGGAAAUUGUUUAAUUAUUGAGACAAAUAUGUCGCCAAGAGCUUCUUGUAAAUUAUUCCACUUUAAUAUUUUCUGAACUAAUAUACAGUCCCUUGUACAGUAUAGAAGAAAAUAUUUUUUAUUAUUAUUUAUAAUUAUCCAUUUCUUGAAUUGUUUUCUCUGACUUUUUAUGGUGCAUCAAUAUGGGUGUAUCCGAGAGCAAGAGCAAAUGAGUUAUUAAAUGAAUCAACAAGCUGAUUGUAUACCUUGUUUAUCAGCUUUAGAGGAAAUGGGGAAGAUCUUAACAAGAGUGAGUUAUGCUGCCAUCAACAUUUAUUUUAUUCUUAAAUUUUUCAUGAUAAAUGAAAAUAAAUAUUUAUUGAUCACUAUCUGCCUCAUUAGUCACAUUACCUAUACAAAAUGGGUGCAAAUUUUCAUAAAUAUUAAAAUUUCACCAAGUAAUGGUUUUAUGAUUCGGUGUAGUGUAGUGUGUGGUGUAUUAAUAGGAAACAUGUCAAUACUUAAGAAAUUGUCAUUUUCGAUAUCUUUGGUACAGUAUGCACAUCCCUUCACAUUUUGUAAUAUAUGAAUACUUUGAUGUAUAAUUAUCAUAGAGAUUGUACAUAAAUUAUGGGUAAAGCUUUACAAAUCAUCAUAUGUAAUUAUUAACCAGCAGUUCAUUGGACACUGUGUAUUUACACUUCAACAUUUUAUGCACAUGCAUUGUAGAUAAAAAAUGUGAACCUC